GACGGGAUUCCGGUCUUAUCCGUGAAAGUUCACACCGCCUCAACGUCACAUAAGUUCUCCGAGUCCGCUCGUUCACGCGUUACAGUUCACGUUUCGUUUGCUUGUGUCGCACAACUUAAUACUACAUAGAGAGUCCCGACUCUUGACGUCACUGUACUACGACCGGUUCGCCUCACUAAAAUGUCUCGUCCUGUCCAACAUGCUUUCUCCUUCCUCCGUUCCGGAAUGAGAGCGAACCACAACGUACGCUCAUCGUUUGCGGCAUUUAGCAGACGCACGAUGGCCUCGGCUGGCCCGCAUGCAUCUCAUGGCAACUACGGGAGUGAUACACCAUGGAUGAUUGGCUCGGCUUUGGUGUUUGGUCCCGCGGUGCUCUAUCUCUUGUCGCCAUCUUCGCGCAAGACUAGCCAUGCCCAUGAGUCGGAGCACAGUCACAACGCACACCGGAGUGACUCCAGUGAUUUUUUUAACGGAAGUUACCAUGUCGAGCCGCAGCCCUCUGCAAUGAAAGAUGAUGAAGGUACUGAGGUUUCUGGUGAGGAGAUCAAGCAGUCGAUGGAGCAGGCAUUCGAUGCCGAUUCUCCCAAGGACGCUCAGGAGCAUGAGGAAGCUGUCGCUAAGGAUGAAGAGGUAGCAUCGAGCGAAACUGUUUCCCAGGAGAGUGCAGAUUCUGCUCCCUCAGAGGCUGAUUCAGCGCCAUCCAAGGAGGAGGAACCAGAGGUCGCACUAGAAGUCGCUCAACCUCAGUCUCCAGCAAAUACCGAGGCAAGUGAGCCUAGCCAGGAAGCUGCUGAAGAGAAGCACUGA